AUGCCUGUGUAUCCUGAAAGAAUUCCUGACUCCCAACAGUUCCAGCAACAGACAAUGAACAAGAUAUUGAUUUUCUUCUUCAUCAUUGAUGGGUCUUUGAGUGAAAAUUAUGUAUUUGGGCCAGUUGCUAGACUUUUCAUCUACAAUCCUUAUCGUCGAUCAGAAAUUUGGAGGUGGCUGACGUACAUGUUUGUACAUGUAGGGACAACACACCUAAUUGUUAAUGUUGUAGUGCAGCUUCUGCUGGGUGUGCCCCUUGAAAUGGUCCACGGAAGGCGGCGGAUGCUGGCAGUAUACUCAUCUGGAAUCAUAUUUGGUGCCCUCCUCACAUCUGUUUUUGAUCCAGUAGUUUUCCUUGCAGGUGCAUCUGGAGGUGUCUAUGCCCUUCUGUUUGCUCAUAUAGCUGCUAUUUUCUUGAACUGGAGUGAGAUGAAGUACAAUACUUACCAAGUAAUGAUACUAACAAUAAUAAUUUUAUAUGAUUUCACUGUGGCAGUGUACUAUAGGUAUUACAAUGCUGGAGAUGACAAGACUGGGUAUUUCGCUCAUAUUGGUGGUGGUAUAGCUGGUCUCCUGGUGGGAUUCUGUGUGCUCCGCAAUCUCAAUGUCCUACGAUGGGAGAAAACUGUUCAACGCGCAUGCCUGACAAUCUUCAUUGCUUCAGUUAUUAUUGCAAUAAUCAUGAAAUGUGAAUCAGGAAAACACUUCUCAGCUAUGGCCAUUGAUAAUAUGAGAAGAAGAACAUCAACUCUUCAUAUGAGACUCAUCACAGCAUACCGUAUCUGCAACAGACUGCAGUGUCUUUUCAUGAUGCAGUAUUCUGCAACUGAUAUUCCACAGACUGUUGAUUGUCCAUUACCAUUAGUUUAUAAUGAUUCUUGUGUGGGUCACUGGUUAUCUAGAUCAUUUUACAUCUUUAAAACCUCUGUAGCACUAUACCUAAUCACAGAAGAAUACUGUUUAUGCAUAAUAUGUAAUGACAAGUAG